GCAAAUGUUUUCAUUAUCUAGAACAUACAUGUCCUGAGGUACUAUGUCAGAAUCGAUGAGCAAAACGCAAAGUGUGAUUUACCUGUCAUCGAUACGAUAGAUUAUGUUGACAAAACCUUGAGCAACAGUAAUACGUAUCAAAAAUAUUGCUACCAGAGGCGAACUCUUUGACUAUUUAUAGUUUGCACCAAUCAGAACACAACAAACUGUGAGCGUAACUCGCACUGCGCUGUGUGUGAUCACGAUUGAUCGUGAACUUGUGUGGAAUGAGAUGCGCCAUUCAGCUGUGGUACUUUGACAGCUCAGAGGCAUUGUUAAGUGUCAUUGAAUUAUUAUCCUCCAUCAGCCAUGUUACGGGUGUUGCUCUGCCUAGCUUUUCUUGGUCUUGUCUUCGCACAACGUCCCUUGAGACCCACAGCAUGUAUGAAAGAAUAUAUGAAAGAAAAUAACUGUACUAAAAAGUGGAAACCAGUAUGCGCGAGCAAUUCAGCAAGUUAUAGGAACAAGUGCGAAAUGGAGGCUUUCCGAAAGUGCGAAUCCAGAUUUAUAUAUCAAAUCCACGACGGAACUUGUGGCAUUGGUCAACAAACGUCGUGCAAGUCUGGAAAAAAUUGGUAUAAAUACAGCGAAGUAACAAUAGGAAAAUGCGGCCAACCCUGUUUCUGUGCUGGUGGCAGGAGACGAUGGGCGUGUGUCUACUGUUAUAAUGUAGGCUUUGACGAAUGUUCCGAAGAGGACUGCGGAGAUGUGCCACCCUUUUGUCCGUACGGUCGAAUGCGUAACAGCAAGGGUUGUCUAACUUGCGAGUGUUUACCAGACUACAGCUUCUAUUUACGCACAUUUUACUGGAAUUUGUACACAUAAGAAAUUUAUUUCAUCGAAUGACAUCGGGAUCCCAGUUUCACUACAAUGUCUCUUUAUAGUUGUAGGUUUCCGUAUAGCCUAAAAGCUCUGAUUGAAACCCUUGGCGAAUAUGAAGAUGGGUUGCAAUAAGAGUAUAAUAUUAGAAAGGGGUUAGCAAACCCAAAACCCGUACUAUUGAAGAAAAAAAGUACCACCCACGAAAAAUGCAACUGCAUUACUGUCAUGUAAAGUAUUACUAGUUUUCUUAAUAGACUCAAAACAAAUAACAGACGUUGUAGCAACAUCUGACAUCUUUAAACAACGUUUACUGUAGCCUACGUCAUAUUCUCAGAUCAUAACGGUCGCUAUGUCAUCGUUAUCGAUAUCAGCAAAGGGCCGGGAAUUCGUCACAGAACAAAAUGUAACCCCAAAGCUACGUACUAUACUUAAGUUUAAAAAGACGAAUUAAGAUCGUUUAAAGCAACAAAAAAUAAUGUUUUAUUUUAAUGUCAUGUGUAGGCCUUUUGUGUAUAGUUCUAUCAUUCCAAUAGUAACCACACUUGGUUAUAGAGCAACGUUGAGUAGUCAUUGGGUUUCUAUCAGAAGUUUUACGAAGCUCACAUUUAUCUCGAGAUUCAGUUGUUGAGCUAUUGAGUGCUGGAAACUUAAAUAUUGAAGUAAUCAGUACUGAAAUUCUAUGCAUAAUGGACGGAUCCAAUGGGGCACGGAUGCGGGUGCCCCCAUUUUCCUCCAUUUUGCCACUACAAUAUUUAAAUUCAAUACAAACAAUGCCGUGUAUUGAAAUAAGAAAACAAUUAAUAAAAUUUAAUAAAAAAAUGUUUCAGUCGGGCCUCCGGCCCCUAUGUGCCAUUACAGUGGUCUAUACAGGCCUAUCUAUUCUGAUAAUUUUGUGCCCUAUGGUUGUUGCGUAAUCUUCACGGCCCAACCAUGAUCGAAAUAGGCCCCCUAAUUUAUGAAAAUGAAACUUUAGUACUGACAGUAGGGUAAGUAGGUGACAUAGUAGUGAGGAAGGCCUUUUAGAUUUGAGUUUAGGCUUGCUGUAUUAUUUAUUAUUGAUUGGCCUAGGCCUAAUACGCUGCCAGUAAUCAUGAGCACUGUUUCCAUAAUUAUUCGUUCACGUGACUCGCUUUAUAAUUAAAAUAUGGUAUAUAAUAUGAAAUUAUUUGUAUGAUGAUGAUAUUAAUAUUAAUAAAUGAUACAAUAUCAAACAAAAAAUGAAAUAAUACAAAAAAUUAUGAAGUUAAACACAUGAAAACCAACUCGACGUCAGGGAAACUCGAACUGUGACUGCUAAAUAGGCCUAAUACAAAAAUAAAGAAAGAAUAAAUUGGGAAAC